AGACAAUAUGAUAUGAUUAAUACUUGUUCUUCUGAUCAAGAUGAAGAUGAUGAUUGUACAGAAACUUGUUCUUCCGAAGAUGAACAAUAUGAACUUGCUUUAAAAUAUUUUAAUGGGACUAAUGUUGAAACAAAUUAUUCUAAAGCUUUCGACUUGUUUUUGAAGAGUGCGGAACAGGGAAAGACAGAAUCACAACAUCAAAUUGGCUAUUUUUAUCAUUGUGGAUUGGUGGUGGAGAAGGAUUUAUCUAAAGCAAUGGAAUGGUAUCUGAAAGCUGCCGAAAAGGGAUUUUCAGAAUCACAAUUUUCAAUCGGAAUUUUGUUUUAUAAAGGAGUUGAAGUGGAGUAUUCGAAAGCUAUGGAAUGGUUUUUGAAAGCAGCUGAAAAUGGUCUUUCGAAAGCUCAGUGUAAUCUUGCUGCUUUAUAUGAAAAUGGAUGGGGAGUUGAACAAGAUUAUUCGAAAGCUAUGGAAUGGUAUUUAAAAUCUGCUGAACAGGAAAAUUCAAUAGCUCAAUGUAAUAUUGGAAAUAUAUUUGCAAAUGGAAAGGGAGUUGACCAAGAUUAUUCUAAAGCAUUCGAAUGGUAUCUGAAAGCUGCUAAAAAUGGUGAUUUAACUGCUCAAUCAUUUGUUGCAUCAUCAUUUGCAACUGGAAGAGGGGUCAAAAAAGAUUAUUCUAAAGCAUUCGAAUGGUAUUCAAAAGCAGCUGAAAAUGAUUAUUCUCAUUCAGUCUACAGUAUUGUAAAUGGAAAAGGAACAGACAGUGAUGCAAAAUUCAAUCUAGCUUAUUUAUACGAAACUGGAUCAGGUGUUCAAAAGAACAUCCUGAAAGCAUUCGAAUGGUAUAUGAAAGCAGCUCAAGAUGGUCAUCUAAAUGCACAAUUUUCCAUUGCAGGAUUUUAUAGAGAUGGAUUGGUAGUUCAACAAAAUUUUUCAAAGGCAGUAGUAUGGUAUUUGAUAGCUGCUGAAAAUGGUCAUAUGGACGCACAGUUCAAUGCUGGUUAUGCUUUUGAAAAUGGUUUAGGAGUUCCACAAGAUUAUUCGAAAGCUAUGGAAUUAUAUUCUAAAGCUGCUGAACAGGGGAGUGCACGUGCUGAAUGUAAUAUUGGAAAUAUGUAUUUGUAUGGGAGAGGUGUUGAAAUAGAUUAUUCGAAAGCUGAGGAACAUUUAUUGAAGGCCUCUGAAAGAGGUGAUGCAUUAUCACAAGUUAAUGUUGCAUAUUAUUACAUGAAUGGAGUAUUCGAUAGAGAUUACACCAAAGCAUUCAAAUACUUUCUUGAGGCUGCUAAAAAUGGUGAGCUAACCGCCCAGAAUAAUGUUGCAAAAUUAUUCGAAUUGGGCCUAGGAACUGAGAAAAAUUUGAAACAAGCUCUAUUUUGGAAUUCAAAAAAAUUGAAUGAUAGUUGCAGUUUUCAAUUUAUUGAGGAUCCGUAUGACCAAUUUGCUUUAAAAACUUUCAGACCAGUAAUAGACAGCGAGAUGAGUUUAAUUACAGAUUCGAAUGAGAUGGUGAUUAUUCGAUUUGAAACUAGAGAUUUUACAAUCUUGAAAAACAAGGUGAUCACAAGCAAAUACUUGACAACAAUGAUGAAUUCUAAUUGGAUUGGUUUCAAUUCGAAAGGAGAAUGGUCAACUUGUACUUGAUUUACAAACUAUUGAACAUGAAAUAUUUCAGAGAAAUGUCAAUCACAUUGAAAUAUUUGAGAAAUAUGUUGAAUACUUGACAAAUGAUACGAUACCAUCUAAUUUUGAUACUAAAAUGGAAUUAAUUGAAUUAUCAAGAUAUUUACAGGACGAUUCAUGUAUUUUUAAAAUUGUGAAAUAUUCUGACGUUUUGACAAGAUUUUACAUUUCAUUUUAUUUUGACAAAACGGAACAGCUUGACAUUCCAAUAGUUAGUUGUUAUAUAAUGGAUACUACAUUCAACACGUGCGAUAUUUCACCUCAUGCAAUUGAGAAAUUAUUGACAGGACCUGAUUUAUCACCAAUUGCCAAGAGGAAGAUUUUAGAUCUAGUUCCAUUAAAUAAUUUGGGAACCAAUUCGACAAUAUUCGAAGAUAACAAUACAAUUCACACAAUUUUUUCACCAAUUGAAGUUAAAAAGGAAAUUAGAAUUGAUACGAAAUCAAUUAUUCUAGAAUUAGAAAUCGAAGAAACUGGAAUGAUAAUCAAAAGCGAUGAUUUGAGUAAUUCCCAGAUUUACAUUCAAUUAAAUAAUGAUAAUGAUCACGUUGGGUUUUGGUUAUUGGUCAAUCCUGGAAAAACUAUUUUGAAAUUACCAAAAUAUGAUUUUGACACAAUUGAUAUGAUUAUUAUUCCAACCGUAACUGCAAUAAAUAAAAAAAUUUGAACUGA